GGUCCCCCCGGCUCGGAGCCCCCCGGAGCGGCUCCCCGCUCUCCCCGGAGACCCCCCGGCCCCUCAGCCCAUCGGGACCCUGCGACACCGAGCCCCGGUGCUCCGGCACGGCCCGUGGCUCGCCCCCCGCCCCCCGCCGUGGCACGUCCGGCGCCUCAUCCUGCGGCACGACCCCCGGAGGGACCCCCGGAGGGACCCCCGGAGGGACCCCCGGCACGACCCCCGGUGGGACACCCGGAGGGACCCCCGGAGGGACACCCGGAGGGACCCCCGGUGGGACCCCCGGUGGGACCCCCGGAGGGACCCCCGCCCGCCCCGCGGCCGCCGCCACGCCGGGGCGCACCUGGUGCGGGUGGGCUGCGUGCUGGGCACCUGCCAGGUGCAGAACCUGAGCCACCGCCUGUGGCAGCUGCGGGGACAAUCGGGCCGCCGGGACUCGUCUCCCAUGAACCCAAACAGCCCCCACAGCUACGGCUGA